GUCAUGGAUCACCUGUUGAUGCUGCUGCUGUUGCUAUGGAGCUCAGGCACCAGACUCCAGGAAGUGCAUGAACAUGAGGAAGACGUGAGGUUGGUGGGAGGAGCCAGUCGCUGUGAAGGAACACUGGAGGUGAAACAUCAAGGAGAAUGGAGACCAGGAAGUGGUUUUCUCUUGAACCUAAAGGACGCAGCAGACUCCAUCAGGCUGGUGAAUGGGUCUGGUCUGUGCUCAGGCAGACUGGAGGUGAGGUCUAACCAGUCUAACCAGUGGUCCUCAGUGUGUGAAGAGGACUUUGACCAGCAGGAUGCAGAGGUGGUCUGUAGGGAGCUUGGCUGUGGGGCUCCUUCAGUCCUCCAGGGGGCGCUCUAUGGAGAAGUGGAGGCUCCAAUGUGGACCAAAGGGUUCCAGUGUGGAGGCCAUGAGUCUGCUCUCCUGGACUGUAGAAGCUCAGGCUCAGAGAGAAACACCUGCUCACCUGGUAAAGCUGUUGGACUCACCUGCUCAGAACCUGUGAGGUUGGUGGGAGGAGCCAGUCGCUGUGAAGGAACCCUGGAGGUGAAACAUCAAGGAGAAUGGAGACCAGUAGGUUACUAUGGAAUGAACCUGAAGGAAGCAGAUGUUCUCUGUAGAGAUCUGGACUGUGGCUCUGCUGUUUCUACCAGAGACAGAGAGGAGUCCUCACAGAGAUCUGUGUGGUGGAUUGACUCUGACUGUGUUCAGUCUGGAUCUGCUCUGAGGGAGUGUUUAAGUUCACAUUCCUCUUCCUCCAUCGUGGAUCUCACC